CUUAUAGUGUAACCAUGGCAGACUAUUCAACAGUGCCUCCCCCGUCUUCUGGCUCAGCUGGUGGCGGUGGUGGCGGCGGUGGUGGUGGAGGAGUUAACGACGCUUUCAAAGAUGCACUGCAGAGAGCCCGGCAGAUUGCAGCAAAAAUUGGAGGUGAUGCAGGGACAUCACUGAAUUCAAAUGACUAUGGUUAUGGGGGACAAAAAAGACCUUUAGAAGAUGGAGAUGGCUCUUGGACAAGUCCGAGCAGUACAACACACUGGGAGGGAAUGCCCUCUCCUUUUAAAGAUCAACCAGAUGCUAAGAAAGUUGCUCCUCAAAAUGACUCUUUUGGAACACAGUUACCACCGAUGCAUCAGCAGCAAAGAUCUGUAAUGACAGAAGAAUACAAAGUUCCAGAUGGAAUGGUUGGAUUCAUAAUUGGCAGAGGAGGUGAACAGAUCUCACGCAUACAACAGGAAUCUGGAUGCAAAAUACAGAUAGCUCCUGACAGUGGUGGCCUUCCAGAAAGGUCCUGUAUGUUAACUGGAACACCUGAAUCUGUCCAGUCAGCAAAACGGUUACUGGACCAGAUUGUUGAAAAAGGAAGACCAGCUCCUGGCUUCCAUCAUGGCGAUGGACCGGGAAAUGCAGUUCAAGAAAUCAUGAUUCCAGCUAGCAAGGCAGGAUUAGUCAUUGGAAAGGGGGGAGAAACUAUUAAACAGCUUCAGGAACGGGCUGGAGUUAAAAUGGUUAUGAUUCAAGACGGGCCGCAAAACACUGGUGCUGACAAACCUCUUAGGAUUACAGGAGACCCAUAUAAAGUUCAACAAGCCAAGGAAAUGGUGUUAGAGUUAAUUCGUGAUCAAGGCGGUUUCAGAGAAGUUCGGAAUGAGUAUGGGUCAAGAAUAGGAGGAAAUGAAGGGAUAGAUGUCCCCAUUCCAAGAUUUGCUGUUGGCAUUGUAAUAGGAAGAAAUGGAGAGAUGAUCAAAAAAAUACAAAAUGAUGCUGGUGUUCGCAUUCAGUUUAAGCCAGAUGAUGGGACAACACCGGAGAGGAUAGCACAAAUAACAGGACCUCCAGACCGAUGUCAACAUGCUGCAGAAAUUAUUACAGACCUUCUUCGAAGUGUUCAGGCUGGUAAUCCUGGUGGACCUGGACCUGGUGGUCGAGGAAGAGGUAGAGGUCAAGGCAACUGGAACAUGGGACCACCUGGUGGACUACAGGAAUUUAAUUUUAUUGUGCCAACUGGGAAAACUGGAUUAAUAAUAGGAAAAGGAGGUGAAACCAUAAAAAGCAUAAGCCAACAGUCUGGUGCAAGAAUAGAGCUUCAGAGAAAUCCUCCACCAAAUGCAGAUCCAAAUAUGAAGUUAUUUACAAUUCGUGGCACUCCACAACAGAUAGACUAUGCUCGGCAACUCAUAGAAGAAAAGAUUGGUGGCCCAGUAAAUCCUUUAGGGCCACCUGUACCCCAUGGGCCCCAUGGUGUCCCAGGCCCCCAUGGACCUCCUGGGCCUCCAGGGCCUGGAACUCCAAUGGGACCAUACAACCCUGCACCUUAUAAUCCUGGACCACCAGGCCCGGCUCCUCAUGGUCCUCCAGCCCCAUACGCUCCCCAGGGAUGGGGAAAUGCAUAUCCACACUGGCAGCAGCAGGCUCCUCCUGAUCCAGCUAAGGCAGGAACGGAUCCAAAUUCUGCAGCUUGGGCUGCUUAUUAUGCUCACUAUUAUCAACAGCAAGCACAGCCACCACCAGCAGCCCCUGCAGGUGCACCAACUACAACUCAAACUAAUGGACAAGGAGAUCAGCAGAAUCCAGCCCCAGCUGGACAGGUUGAUUAUACCAAGGCUUGGGAAGAGUACUACAAGAAAAUGGGUCAGGCAGUUCCUGCUCCGACUGGGGCUCCUCCAGGUGGUCAGCCAGAUUAUAGUGCAGCCUGGGCUGAGUAUUAUAGACAACAAGCAGCCUAUUAUGCCCAGACAAGUCCCCAGGGAAUGCCACAGCAUCCUCCAGCACCUCAGUGCCUUCCCAGACCUUCCACCUUAGGUUCUGCUGCAAAAAGCACCAGUGCUGAAGAUGCUGCAAGCACCAAAUCAUAGCUCAUAAAAUCAGGUCCUGAGAUAGUUACCCAUAAAGAGGAAUCCUUUGAGUGUAUGCCAUUGGUGAGCCGAUGAGCAUGGACCAUAGAAGGGCUCAAUGUAGAAGGUAAAAUUGGCAAAUCAUAAUUGAGAAGUAUGAAAUGUAUUCCCAUACAUAAUAUGGUAUAGGGUGUAAUGUACCUGCUUUUGAUCACUUUUCAUUUUAAAGUGCUAUUCAGUUGAUCUUAAAUGUUCCAUGAACUGUUAAAUUUCUUAAGUUACAUAGUUACUACACCACAUUUAUGUGUAUGUUAUGUUUUAAUAGUCAAUGAUAGGUAUGUACGAUUGAUAAUAUAAAGGGGCUCAUUGAAACUUCAGAGCCUGUCGAGUUUUGGUUAGUUGUAGAUUGCAUUUUUAUAAAAAAAAAAAAUGGAUAGAUUGAUGAUAAUAGAUAUUGGGGCAUUGUUUCUGUCUCAUGAGAAUUCUUUUAUUCAUUACCAUAAGCCUUCACUGAUACUAUAAGCAUUAUUUUAAAUGACGCUGAUCUUAAGUCUGAAAUAAAUGGAAAGCAGAAAAGGUGAGCCAGUUGAUUUGAAUGCAUUGGAUAUUAGUGUUAGAAACAAUGUAUAGUUUAGAUUGAAAUUGAACUGACUUAUUUAGCACUUAAACAAAAAUUUGACAAUGUUUUUAGUUUUUUUUAAGACAGCUUAGUGUGGUGAUACUUAGAAUUCUAUGGUUUGAUGUUUCUUUUAGAAAUGAGAAGUAUAGUUUUAUUUUUUAAUAUCAAAAAUGGUUUUAAUACUAAAACUAGUAAUUUGAUACUAGUUGUUUAUAAACAUUGUAAAAUUUAUCUUUUAAACAAAUUAUCUUGGUAGUUAAUUCAUAAGGGUGGGUUUGGGUAGGAAUAGCAGAGUACUUUCAGAGGGAAAGGGGAGUCUUUCAGAAGUGAUAGCAUUUUAUUUGUUUGAAUACUCUGCCAGUAAAAUCAUCUGCACUUAGAAAGUUAUCUGUUGUGUAGAAUAAUGAUGUAGAGUUUACUAAUCAGUGAGGAUGUCUUGUUUUUAUUCUCUGCAAACUCUGCCUCACUUUAAAAUGCAUUAUAACAAUACCUAAUUAAAGAUAAUUUUGGCUCUGAAAGUUACCUUAUUUUUUGUUGAGUUAGUGACUUCAUUUUUCUUGCCACAAUAUAAGCUUUUGAGGGAUUUUUUAAAAUUGGUGCUUUUAAUAAGCAAAUAAAUCCCAGGGUUUUAUUUUCUUCAGUGAUACCCCUAUAGAAACUCUUAAAUGUAUUUGCGCAUAUAUAUAUAUUUUUUCUUAUGCAUGCUCAAUGCAUUUUCGUCCUGAGAAAAAUGUUCUCUGCAGAAACUACCCGUGUGUAAAAAGAAGAUUGGCUUAAAAUGGCUACUGUGAUGGGAACAGUGUCUUAGGGAGAUGCAGCUUGGACUUGAGGUAAAUUGAAUACUUUACAAACUGUGGUUUAGAGUUUGCUUUAAUGACAUUGUAUGUAAAAGGUCACAUGAUUGCUGUAAUUUUGUAUUCAUUAUGGUUUCCUCAAUAAAUGUACAUUGAUGAAUAUUAUAA